UUUGAAAUACCAUCAAAUUAAUUAAAUUAAUUUUUUUUUGAAAUACCAUCAAAUUAAUUACAUAGAACUUUUCUGAAGACCAUUUCUUUGGUUGGCGCGGUGGUCGGUGACCUGAAGCCACCUUGAAAUCGUCCUCUGUUUCCUUCUUCUGCAGCUUCAAGGAGAACUUUGGCUGCACCGUCAUCUUGGCUACCACCACUCGUCUCUUUCCUUCACCACCCCUCGUCAAAUCUUUUCUCGGCGACGGAUUCAUUAUCUUCUCCUCAACUGUCUCCUUGCAUGCGGCUCCACUUUUUCUCAACUUCCAUGCUUCGCUGGAGAAAUCUCGCGCUCCUUCUCUUGGCCGGAACUCUCGGGUUUCCAUUCUUCGCUUGCUCCUUGAGAUUAUACAUGAAUUGUGUGAUCUUAUCCCUUACAAUCUUCAGAUCCAACGUAAUAUUCACCAUGAACUCUUCGAUCCCUUCUUCCUUGCUGCCGUUCUCCACAGAUUUGAAUGGUGUUGCGGUUGUUGCUUUGAUGCUCAGACUCGACGAAUUGAAACGGGAACGAAACAGAGGAGCCAACAAAUUGAAACCGGAGAUUGGCGUCGAAUUCGGGAAAGUUCAUGGCUACUCCAGUUAAAAUCUCAUGGGUCCUUGGUAGCAAUUCAGGGAGAUUUGAUUUGCUAAAGCCACAUGGCAGCAACUGUUUAGCACCAUCGGAAGCUGAUAACAACCAAACAGCAGCUCGCAUGACCAACACAGGAGUCAAACGGGAAGCCUUGAAGAGUUUCCAGACAAUAAGUUACGCUGCUGAUCUGAAUAUUCCUGGCCUAGACACAGAGUGCGUCAUAUGUCUCUCAGAGUUCGUAUCCGAAGAGCGUGUGAAGCUGCUACCGACAUGCCACCAUGGAUUCCAUGUCCGGUGUAUAGACAAGUGGCUUAGUUCACACUCAUCAUGUCCAACGUGCAGACACUGCCUCGUGGAGACCUGCCAGAAGAUUGCCGACUGCAGCCAAACAAGGUCGUUGAACCCUCCUCAACCACCACAAGACAGCAUCAUCGUGCAAAUAGCACCACUACAACCAGAAAGAUGGAUACGCUGUUUUAGGAACAGAGCAACUGAAGUCGUUUUCUUCCUCGGCAGCCGCGGAGACUCGAAGAGGUAGAACAAGCAAGUAGAUAACCAAACGCGAACGCAGGGUGUUUCCAAGUUUACUCAUCUCUGGGUCCCUUACGAUGGAAGGAUGGUUU